CAGUGUUAGGCAAGGGUAGCAGGCAAGUUUGGUUGAGCCUCGGGGAUGUUCAACCAAACUUUUCAUUGAAAGAUCGCGAGCUUUCCUGCCCUGCGGUUCCUGGGUACAAACAAAAAUCUCCCACGUUUGAGCUGAUUCACAAUGAGUUAUACAGAAAAACCGGAUGAAAUUACUAAAGAUGAAUGGAUGGAAAAACUCAAUAACUUGCACAUCCAAAGAGCUGACAUGAAUCGACUUAUAAUGAAUUAUCUAGUUACUGAAGGAUUUAAGGAAGCAGCAGAAAAAUUUAGAGUGGAAUCAGGGAUAGAACCCAGUGUUGACUUGGACACCCUUGACGAACGUAUUAAAAUUCGUGAGGUGAUACUUAAUGGACAAAUUCAAGAAGCCAUUGCACUGAUCAAUAGUCUGCAUCCAGAGCUGUUGGACACAAAUCGUUAUCUUUAUUUCCACCUACAGCAACAGCAUUUAAUCGAGUUGAUUCGCCAGCGUGAGACAGAGGCAGCUUUGGAAUUUGCCCAGACCCAGCUUGCUGAGCAGGGAGAAGAGAGUCGGGAGUGUCUGACUGAGAUGGAACGUACACUGGCUCUACUAGCUUUUGAUAAUCCAGAAGAAUCGCCGUUUGGGGAUCUGCUUAAUAUGAUGCAAAGGCAAAAGGUUUGGAGUGAGGUGAAUCAGGCAAUUUUGGAUUAUGAGAAUCGUGAAUCAACACCUAAGCUAGCCAAACUGCUAAAACUUCUAUUAUGGGCACAGAAUGAGCUGGACCACAAGAAAGUUAAAUAUCCUAAGAUGACAGACCUCAGUAAGGGAACAAUUGAGGAACCCAAGUAAAGGCAAUACGGUGGGACUGAACAGGAUUAUGAAGCAGCUUGCUGUACAUUUACUGACUACAGUAUAUGAGAGAGAACUAUAAUAAGGCCACUAAUAAAUGACAGAACAUGUGAAUAUGACUUUAUGGGUAAGAAUAAUCAUAUUUAAGGCUGGGAUGAAAUCCAAAGCAUCACCAACACAUUACAUGGGAAUGCCAUCAAAUGGCUGCUGAAGGGUCAAGAGAGUGCAAGAUUCACCCCAGUCCUAAAUUCAUUUUUAUGGUAAUUUAUAACUUUACCAACUUCACACGUUGGACUGAAAAUACUGAGUAUUUACGUUUGGUUGCUGUGUGGGGUUUCUAUUCACAGUUUCUUUGCUUCAUAUGCCAAUGGUUCCUAAGUGUAUGUUUAUAUAUUUUCAAACCAACUUUGCUAAAUAUCUGCCUGUUUUUGAUUAAUAUCCAUAUUACAUCUGAAACUGACCUCAUAAUUUAUUUCUUUCGAAAUAUCCUUAGUGUCUUUAUUCCUAAUAUGGUAUCUUUCUUAUAUUGAAAUGAUUUGGAGCUAGUUGUGGAUGUAACAUGGAUACUAAGAAUGUAAUUAGUACAAACUAACUUUUCAUUUUAUAUUUUCUCAGUCUCAUUAAAAUUUUUCCACUGUUUGAGAAGAAGUUCAAAUGUUUGUUCAUUUUCAUAAAGUAGCCAUGCUAUCAAACUAAAAUGCACAAGCUUGUAAGUCAUAUUAUUUAAUCUCAAGGUUUUGUAUAUUUUGUAGCAAUGAGUCAUUUCAAUAUGAGUUGUUUGUAUAUAAUGCAAUUCCUUGCAGAGAUGAGUAGUUUGAUUUCCCAAUACACAAGUGCUUUACGCUUUGAAAUUCA